AUGAGCCUGUCCUUCUUCCUCCUCCUCCUCUCCAGCCACCUGAUCCUCAGCGCCUGGGCUCACGGGGAGAAGCGCCUCGCCCGCGCGGGGCAGCCGGGACCCGCCGCCGCCACCAGGAACCCGGGAGGCUCCGGCAGCAGAGCGAGCGGCAGCGGCGCCGCGCCGUCCUCCUCGGCCUCCUCAGCCCCCGCAGCCUCCGCGGGCAGCCACGCGAGCGGCUUGGAGCAGAGCAGCUUCCAGUGGAGCCCCUCGGGGCGCCGCACAGGCAGCCUCUAUUGCAGGGUGGGCAUCGGCUUCCAUCUGCAGAUCUACCCGGAUGGCAAAGUCAACGGCUCCCACGAAGCCAGCACGUUAAGUAUUUUGGAAAUAUUUGCUGUGUCUCAGGGGAUUGUAGGAAUACGAGGAGUUUUCAGCAACAAAUUUUUAGCGAUGUCAAAAAAAGGAAAACUCCAUGCAAGUGCCAAGUUUACAGAUGACUGUAAGUUCAGGGAGCGAUUUCAAGAAAACAGCUAUAACACUUAUGCCUCGGCAAUACACAGAACUGAGAAGACAGGGCGGGAGUGGUACGUGGCCCUGAAUAAGAGAGGCAAGGCCAAGCGUGGGUGCAGCCCUCGCGUGAAACCUCAACAUGUCUCCACCCAUUUUCUACCGAGGUUCAAGCAGUCAGAGCAGCCAGAACUUUCCUUCACAGUCACUGUUCCUGAGAAGAAAAAGCCACCUGCCCCUAUCAAGCCAAAGGUUCCCCUUCCUGCCCCUCGGAAAAACCCCAACACGGUGAAAUACAGACUCAAGUUCCGCUUUGGAUAA